CGUCCUGACUAGCAGCCGUUGGCUUAUGACGCCUAAGUCGCGCGCUGAGCCUUGCGCCACGGGCCCUGAGACCUAAGUUCUGUGGGUCUGAGAAGCCGGUCAGGUGGCGACGCUGCAGGCCUAUUCUGGCCAAGAUUUCGACCUGGGUUCUUCCAGCGGCGUUUGGAGCCCCGGGUCUCUUGGCUCUUGCAGCCGUGGCCUACUGCUGUACAGAACCCAGGGCGUCUUUCACGGCCGACGUAGCUGGUUUCGGGACCUAGUCCCUCUGGGGGCAUGACUAUGGCUGCGGGUCCGAACUCCCAGGAGCCAGAAGGGCUCCUGAUAGUUAAACUGGAGGAGGACUGUACCUGGAGCCAGGAGGUACCCCCGCCUGAGCCGGAGCCCAGCCCAGAGGCCUCCCAUCUGCGUUUUCGACGGUUCCGCUUUCAAGACGCCUCUGGUCCCCGAGAGGCCCUUAGCCAGCUACAGGAGCUUUGCCAUGGGUGGCUACGUCCGGAGAUGCGCACCAAGGAGCAGAUACUGGAGCUGUUGGUGCUGGAGCAGUUCUUGACUAUCCUUCCUCAAGAGAUUCAGAGCAAGGUGCAGGAGCUGCGCCCAGAGAGCGGCGAAGAAGCAGUAACCCUUGUGGAGAGUAUGCAGAAAGAACUUGGGAAACUGAGGCAACAGGUCACAAACCAAGGGCGGGGAGCAGAAGUGCUUUUGGAGGAGCCUUUGCCACUGGAAACAGCAGGAGAGUCACCUAGCUUCAAGCUGGAGCCAAUGGAGACUGAGCAAAGCCCUGGCCCCAGGCUGCAGGAGCUGCUAGACCCCAGCCCCAAAAGGGACUCCCAGGCUGUAAAGGAGAGAGCAUUAUCUGCUCCGUGGCUCGCUCUCUUUCCUCCUGAAGGGAAUGUGGAAGAUAAAGAUGUGACUGGGACCCAGUUGCCUGAGAGCCUCGAGGACAUGGCAAUGUAUAUCUCUCAGGAAUGGGACCAUCAGGAUCCUAGUAAGAGAGCUUCCUCGAGGGAUAUGGUGCAAGACAGUUAUGAGAGCAUGGGGACACUAGAGCCCUGCAUUCCCAGUCAGGAGGUCUCCCAGGUGGAGCAAGGAGGGAAGCCAUGGGAUCCAAGUGUCCAGACUUGCAAGGAAGGCGUGAGCCCCAGAAACCUAGUUCUAGGAGUGGAAAAGUUUGAGAACCAAGAAAGAAAUGUUGAGUCUAUUUCUCCUGAAAGUACCCAUCCUCCAGUACUGUUGCCUGGCCAGGCUAGAAGGGAGGUGCCCUGGAGUCCUGAGCAGGGAAGAUUUGAUGACAGAGAAGGACAUUGGGAAUGUCCCCCAGAGGACAAAAUAGAGGAGUCCUUAGUGGGAACCCCAAGUUGUAGAGGACUGGUACAAGCAAAAGAACAACCCAAGAAACUUCAUUUGUGUGCCUUGUGUGGCAAGAACUUUUCUAAUAACUCAAACCUAAUUAGGCACCAGAGAAUACAUGCAGCAGAAAAGCUGUGUAUGGAUGUAGAGUGUGGUGAGGUCUUUGGUGGACACCCACAUUUUCUGUCACUGCACAGAGCACACGUAGGAGAGGAAGCUCAUAAGUGCCUUGAAUGUGGAAAGUGCUUCAGUCAAAAUACCCACCUCACCCGCCAUCAGCGCACCCACACGGGGGAAAAGCCCUUCCAGUGCACUGUCUGUGGCAAAAGCUUCUCUUGCAACUCUAACCUCAACAGACACCAGAGGACACACACUGGGGAGAAGCCCUACAAGUGCCCUGAGUGUGGGGAGAUUUUUGCCCACAGCUCCAACCUGCUUCGGCACCAGAGGAUCCAUACUGGAGAGAGGCCCUAUCGCUGUAGUGAAUGUGGCAAAAGUUUCUCUCGGAGUUCGCAUCUUGUUAUUCAUGAAAGAACCCAUGAGAAAGAGAGACUUGACCCUUUCCCUGAGUGUGGACAAGGCAUGAAUGACAGUGCCCCCUUUCUUACAAACCACAGAGUGGAGAAGAAACUCUUUGAAUGUUCCACUUGUGGGAAAAGGUUCCGUCAGGGCAUGCACCUUACCAGACAUCAGAGAACACACACAGGAGAAAAACCGUAUAAGUGUAUACUUUGUGGGGAAAACUUCUCUCAUAGAUCUAACUUAAUCAGGCACCAGAGAAUUCAUACAGGAGAAAAACCCUAUACCUGUCAUGAGUGUGGAGACAGUUUCUCUCACAGUUCCAACCGGAUUCGUCACCUGAGAACCCAUACAGGAGAAAGACCAUAUAAAUGUUCUGAAUGUGGAGAAAGCUUUUCUCGGAGCUCACGCCUUACAAGUCAUCAAAGAACUCACACUGGUUAGAUAUGGUGGGAUUUCUUUUUGCCUCAGUUUUGUCAGAAAGCUGUCUUAUCCAGAGCUGGUAUUAUUUGCCCACUUUUGGUGUAUUUUGCCGGUAAUUAAUAUAAAGAGAAAAUGGGACUUAUUUUAAGGGAGGUACAGAGGUGAAUGAAGAACUACCUUAAAACUAAAAAGUUCAGUCUUCAGAAGAAUUUAAGGCCUUUGAGGUAGCCUGCUCGGGGACGGUUUUCUAUGAAGUCUAUCCUGUUUUCAGAUGCAUUGACCUUUAUUGUUUGACCCAGGUAUGAUUUGGGUUCUGUACUGAGUCUGGUAUUUAUCCCAUCAAUUUUGGGGAUACCUAUGGCUUCAACCCCUUAUUUGUGACAUUAGGAGAGUUUGGGCUCCUGAGGCCCUUGAGACCAAAGAAGGGCUAGGUUCUGGGAGACCAAUUUAAGGUCAACAAGACUGAUUUUAAGUUGCUGUGGUGGGGGGAGGGGAGGUCUUAUUUCUUUGUUUUGUUUUGUUUUGUUUUAAGGCCCUGGCUGUGAAGUCCUGGGUGAUCCAGUUCUGCCACUGCAACACACCUCUGAGUAGUUUGGCAGCAGUGCUUGUUGACAUAAAAGGUGACCUCAGAAUAAAGGGGAACUGGAGAGAUAAGAAGUCAUAAUGUGGAAUCCACAGAUGAACCUGGCAUUUUACAUAUUAAGGGUAUGUGAUUACAGUCUACCUUUCUAAGAUUUGAGACUUUGUUCCACCUGUCAAAAGGUACCUAGAGCUCUAUAGACAUGAUUAUGAGUGGAAGGUUCCAUGAUAUCCUCAGAUAUAAAAAACAGAUCCUAGAGAAAAUAGGAAUUAUGUCUUUCCCUGUUGAGAAUGUUUGGAGGGUUUAUAAUAAAUAUCUCCAAGGAAACAUGAA